AAACCCCACUGCUUUCUGAAAAUAGUGUUAUGAGGGUAGAUAGUGAACCAAUCAGAAACACGAAAGGGAGGCGUCGUCAACGGAACGCCGGCCAAUCAGAAACAGGAAAGAGCAGAAGCUAAUCUGGAAUUCGUGACUUCCUGGUUACGGUCAAGCGCUUGCAGGAUGAAUGUGGGCGUCGCUCACAGCGAGGUGAACCCCAACACGAGGGUGAUGAACAGCAGAGGGAUUUGGCUCACUUACCUGCUGCUGACCGUCGUCCUACACAUCGUCUUACUGAGCAUCCCUUUCCUCAGCGUGCCGAUCGUGUGGACCUUAACCAAUGUCAUUCACAAUCUGGCCAUGUACGUGUUCCUUCACACGGUAAAGGGCACUCCGUUUGAGACGCCAGACCAGGGAAAAGCCCGCUUGCUCACUCACUGGGAACAGAUGGAUUAUGGCAUCCAGUUCACAUCAUCAAGAAAAUUCCUCACCAUUUCACCCAUAGUGCUGUACAUCCUGGCCAGCUUUUACACCAAAUACGAUGCCACCCAUUUCCUCAUCAACACAAGCUCCCUUCUCAGCGUCCUCCUUCCCAAGUUGCCUCAGUUCCACGGAGUCCGUCUGUUCGGCAUCAAUAAAUACUGAUGCAGCCUACAGAUAGGCGGUCAGGAGGUAAAGGGGACGGUAGCACAAAGUCUUUCAGUUUAAUUCUCAGCCUUUUCUUAAUAAGAGCUGACGCUAAGGAAGCAACAGAACUGAACUUCUUACACUGUAUCCAAAAGGACCUGCGGUUUCAAAUUUUGCUUAGUAUUUUCUCCCAUCUUUUUUUUUUUUUCUUCACCGGAACCGGAGAAGCUUUUUCAGACGACAAAUUCACUCCAAGCGCAAGUGAAUUUAUCUAUUUAUUUAUUCAUACGUAAAAAAACAAACAAACAAAAAAACCUCCACGCCGAGACUUAAACGAGGCCGACUCCGGUAACAGAGCGAGUUUCCGACGAACGUCUACGAUUAAAGUGAAAGAAAGUUGUAGAAGGAUAAAAACAUCCAACCACACACACGGAUUAAGGAUCAGAGCUAGUGCACCAAACCUCCGACCCCAGCCCAACCCCCAAGAUACAAACUCAGCGAGUCAAAUGACUGACAAUCGUAGAAGUCUGACUUCUCGAACAGCGACGCACAAUAAUAGAGUAACACACGGAAAGCACAUUGUAGAUGUACAUAAACACACAUAUAUUGGCUGAGCUGAUGUUAACAUGCUCUCGUUUGAGUUGAAUGUAUAGACGUGCAUCGGGACUCUGAUCCAGACCUGCAAGAGCCAAUAAAUAAAGCAGGGGCAGGUGGAUUUUACCCCAUGUGGUCAGUCAGAUAUGGAUCACCCGAGGUUAAGGCCAAGUUCAUUAUUUUUUAGUUUCCUGAAGGGUCAGUUCAUGUUCCAAAAUCCAUAGAAUAGAACCCAGUCUGGUAGAAAAUAUCACAGGCGUGUAUACAAACGAGGGGCAGGAUCGGUGUGGACGCUUAACCGGAGCAGGCAGGAGGGGUCAAAUUGUCUGUGGUUAGAAGGGCAGGUUUGGGCAAACGUUAUGUGCCUGGAAUUCAUCUGGUAGAAAAUAGGAUUUGUUAGGGAUUGUUCUGUCAGGAGUGGGUGGGAUAGAUAUGGGAAUAGAAACAAUUUGGACAAAGUGUCGGGAAGAUUGAGCAGGAUUGGUCAGAAUUCUUUUUGGGAUUGAGCAGGAUUGGUCAGAAUUCUUUUUGGGAUUGAGCAGGAUUGGUCAGAAUUCUUUUUGGGAUUGAGCAGGAUUGGUCAGAAUUCUUUUUGGGAUUGAGCAGGAUUGGUCAGAAUGAUUUCCUGAGCGAAUAGGAAUCGUGAGUUAUUUUGGGAGUGCCCUGGGAGCAGUGAGAAUUCUGAGAAUUGGGCAGAAUUCUUUCAGUUGUGGGCAGAAUUGUUCGGGGAAUCUGAGGGACGAGCAAUCCUUUCAGCGGAUUGGUCAGGAUUUCACGACAGGGCGGUCAGAGUUCUUUCAGGAGCGGGCGGGCGGGCUCGAUCUGAAUUUGUGUGUGUGAGCAGGAUUUUAAAAACCGUCCUGUUUACAACUUCGUUACGUGUUCAGGUUAUCGGUCAGACUCAGAGCUGCUUACACAAGUGGAGAUCUGGAUACCGUGCAGUCCCAUGUCGAAAGUUUGAGUGAUGAAAGGCCCACUGCAGGCAGUGUUUUUUUUUUUUUUUUUAAAAGAAUACAGACUAUAUUGUCAUGAUCACUGCUGUUCAGUUACAGACGCCUGAACCUGAUCGCUCUCUCGCUCUCAAAAAGCCUGAUUUUGAUCACAAACCAAAACAGUCGGGUCACAGUAAAUAUUACAUUUUUAGAAGCGAUUCAUCAGUCCCCCCCCAUCAGUGGGAUUUAUCUAAACCGACUCCUCUCUGGAAACCUCGUAGUCGACGCUGUAAUCAACGUCUCAUCAUUUGUUUAGUCUCUGAAGUGCCUCGUCUCACGUUUUUCAUUUUAUGUGUAUCGAUCGUCACGUGGAUCACGUUUUCCCCCUCAGUCUAGAUUCCAUCAUCGCUUUGCGGCGUGCAGUUUUUUCCUCAACUACUCGUGAUAUUUAUACAGGAUGCCGACGUCUUUAAACAAGGGAACCGUUUAGAGACUCGGAACCUUUUACACGAUCAAGGUCCAGCUUUACUUCAGACUCAGUCGUACAUCUGAAGCAAGUUAUCGCAGGAACGACCGCAUGCCGUUUGGGGUAAAAAAAAAACAGUAACUAUAAAGCAAAAAAAAAAAAAACAAAACUACACAUUUGAUCAUAUUCUACAGCUAGAGUUCUGGGUGUACAAUGUGGCAUACUGUAUUUAUUUUUGGAUACCACUUUUUUUUUUUUUAUGCAUUUUUUAUGCAUAUUUUAUUUUAUAUGCAUCUGUUAUAUCGUUCGUAGCCAUAAAUGUCGACGGCUACGAUAAACGAUACCCGUUCACGUCUGUGUGUGUUUUCACGUUUAAACAGGCUCAUUCGUGGGCAACAAACGAAUAAACGAUGCACUGUACAUAUUAUUACUGUCAAUUAUACUGUAAAUCCUGAUAUAAUAGCAUCACCCGUCUGUUUUCUGUCAUGUCCACAAGAUCCUUUCAUCACCUUAAAAAUGCAAUAAAACCGAACUAACGUCUGAUAAAAACUA